UCACCUUGUUUCCUCCGUCCCUCCCCGCUUCUCUUUUCUGCUCGACUCCACUGGCUCGCUCACUUGCUCUCCGAUGGAAGCUUCGGUUAUGGCGAGAUUCCACUUGCACUCGCAGCCCCUAUUCUCGUCCUCCCCGGCGCUUAGCGCGAGGAGCGCUCCCCCUUUAUCAAUCUCAAACCCCAGACCUUCCACCUUGGCACUGGGAUUGGAUAUAAAGAACCGCUUCGUGACACGCUGCUCCGUGGACGGCGCGGUCAAGGUGGAAGCGGAGGUUCCCGUCGAGAAAAGCUUUCCGCCGUUUCCGACUGUCAUGGACAUCGACCAGAUCCGCAACAUUCUGCCACAUCGGUUUCCGUUCUUAUUGGUCGAUAGAGUGAUCGAAUACACGCCUGGAGUUACAGCUGUUGGUAUCAAGAACGUUACCAUUAAUGAUAACUUCUUCCCUGGACAUUUCCCUGAGCGUCCGAUAAUGCCAGGGGUUCUCAUGAUUGAGGCAAUGGCCCAGGUCGGAGGCCUACUUAUGUUGCAACCGGAAGUUGGUGGUUCUCGGGAAAACUUCUUCUUUGCAGGAAUCGACAAAGUGAGAUUCCGGAAGCCCGUGAUUGCAGGGGACACCUUAAUCAUGAGAAUGACACUGACUAAAUUGCAAAAACGUUUCGGAAUAGCAAAGAUGGAAGGAAAAGCGUAUGUGGGCGGGAACCUGGUAUGUGAAGGUGAGUUUUUGAUGGCUACAGGAUCUGCAAGCGAGUGAUGGUCUCCUAAGGCCAGCACAUCUCUUCCCAAGGAGCUAUAGAUUGUUUCACUAGAGUGUCAAAAUCAAAUGUUACUGGGAACUCAUGCUAGUGUUCUGAAUAAUUUGGCUUGCGAGGGAAGAGUACAUUACGGCAUGAUCUUAAACUUGAUGUUUACCAUAUGUGAACAUUUUGGCAGAAUCUUAAGCUUGUUAAUUAUU